CGCUGCUACCCGGCUUUAGGUCCUUCCCCAAGAUGGCGAAGCUGUUGAGCUGCGUACUGGGGCCUCGGUUGUACCGAGUUUACCGGGAACGAAGCCCCGCCAGAUCGCGCCGACUCAGGGCUGAACCAGACGAUGGGUCCCAAUCCUCCUUGGACCCUUCUUGGGAAUCGUAUUACCAGCCACGGACCCUUGAAAAACAUGCAGACAGCAUCCUCGCGCUGGCUUCCGUGCUGUGGUCCAUUUCCUAUUACUCCUCCCCGCUCGCUGUGUUUUACCUGUACAGAAAAGGGUAUUUAACCAUGCCGAAAGUUGUUGCUAUUUCUCACUAUGCCGGGACCAUGCUACUACUCUUGGCUGGGAUUGCCUGUCUAAGAGGCAUCGGGCGCUGGACGAAUCCUCAAUACAUCCAAUUCAUCACCAUCCUUGAAGAUGCUCACCGGUAUGGCACACCUGAACACAAGAAGAAACUUGCCAGCUACAAUUUUGACUUCAGAAGUUGGCCUGUAGACUUUCGGUGGGACGAGUUCACGAGUCGGUCAGAUUCAGGAAACGUCCCCUUGUUGCGGUCAGAACCAAAGCAUCGAAGUGUAAUCAAUGGUUUUCUCCAUGCGAUCAAGAAGCUGCCCUGCCAAAUUGCCAGCUUUAUAGUGGCACACACCUUCGGACGACGUAUGCUCUACCCAGGCUCUGUCUACCUGCUGCAGAAGGCUCUGAUGCCCAUGUUACUUCAAGGACAGGCUCGGCUAGUGGAAGAAUACAACGGAAGACGAGCCAAGUUGGCAGCUUGCGAUGGAAACGAAAUCGACACAAUAUUCGUAGAUCGAACGGGCGCUUUGGAGCCACAAGGCAGGAAACUAGUGAUUUGCUGCGAAGGAAAUGCAGGCUUCUAUGAAGUAGGCUGUAUCUCUACUCCUUUGGAUGCUGGAUAUUCUGUGCUGGGAUGGAAUCAUCCUGGGUUUGCAGGCAGCACGGGAGUGCCCCUGCCACAGAAUGAGGCCAACGCCAUGGACGUGGUGAUGCAAUAUGCCAUCCACCGCCUGGGCUUCCUUCCUAAAGACAUCAUCCUCUAUGCCUGGUCCAUUGGGGGCUUCACAGCCACUUGGGCAGCCAUGUCUUACUCCGAGGUCAGCGCCGUCAUCCUGGAUGCCUCCUUUGAUGACCUCGUGCCUCUCGCUCUCAAGGUCAUGCCGGAAAGCUGGAGAAGCUUGGUCACCCGGACAGUGAGACAGCACUUAAACCUGAACAACGCGGAACAACUCUGCAAGUAUCAGGGUCCCGUGUUGCUGGUCCGCAGAACCAAAGAUGAGAUCAUCACCACCACGGUUCCUGAAGAUAUAAUGUCUAACAGAGGGAAUGACUUACUGCUGAAGUUAUUACAGCACAGGUAUCCCAAAAUCAUGACUGAAGAAGGCAUCAGAAUCGUCCGAGAAUGGUUGAAAGCUUCUACACCCAUGGAAGAAGCCUCUAUGUAUAGCCGCUAUGAAGUAGAAGAUGACUGGUGUCUGUCUGUACUGAAGUCGUACCAAGCCGAAGACGGUGAUGAAUUUCCGUGGUCUGUUGGUGAAGACAUGACCGUAGACGGGAGACGACAACUUGCACUAUUCCUGGCACGGAAGCACCUGCAAAAUUUUGAAGCGACACAUUGCACUCCACUUCCACCCCAAGAAUUUCAUCUUCCAUGGAGCCUAUAGCAUCCUCCAACCACCCUCACCGUCACCACCUCCCAUUCGUCUCCUGCACUCACGGCUUCUUGUUCCGACGUCCUCCCGCCUCCACCUUUCUUCGCCUGUGCACGCGUACGCGUAAACGGCCAUCACCGUUUCUCCCCCCCCCCCGCACUGUAAAUCUGCUUCACUCCCCUGUAAUAUUGAUCCUCUGACCACCAACCCUCACAUCUUGUUGUCAGGGUUCACAAUAAAGAUGGUAUUUUUUAUA